CAUUAUUUUAUUUUUUCAUUAAAGGUUGUUACAAAACUUUAGGCCCAUAAAAUAAAACAAAAUUUUAAGAAAUGGAUCAUUCAAGUAAAAAAAUUUUUGCAGAACGCUGUCUCGAUAUGGUAAACCAAUCACUCCUCGUAAUAUUUCUCUCAAUUACGUUAAUUAUAAUCGUAAAGUCAUUCUUCAUUAUGGAGCUUCGCUUAAUGCAAAAGCGAAAUAAGAAAUCGUCUAUUUCUUUGGGCACUGACCAAAGUAUUAAGGUACAAAUAGAAGCUGCUGGUACUAAGGUUAAAUUAACGGUGUCUCAGUCACAAAAUGAGAACGUGUGUCCAUUCCGUUGCCCACAUAGGAGAGCUAAUGUGCACUUCGAUUAUGAAAACCCACAGAAAAAUAAGCCCAUGGUAUCACAAGAUGAAAAUUGGUGUCCAUUCCGUUGUCUAUUUGGGAGACCUAAUGUGCAACAUUCUGACGAUGAAAAGCCAAGAAGUACCAAAUUUUUGGUCAAUCAGUGUCAAAAUGAAAGCGGGUGUCCAUGCCGUUGUCUACAAAGGAUAGCUAAUGUGCAACAUUCUGAUGAUGAAAAACUAGCAAUGUCUAAACUUUUGGAGAACGGGUGUUCAUGCCGUUGUGCCCAUAGGAUAGCUAAUAUGCAACAUUUUAAUGAUGAAAAUAUGCAAACAGGUAUUGGUUCUAAUGUCAAUCGUAUGAUGACUCAGUCUGAACAUAAAAACGGGUGUCCAUUUAGUAGUUCGGAUAUGAGAGUUAAAGUUCAACAAUUAGCUGAUGAAGCGUCAGCAAAUACUAAGCUUUUGGUGACUCAGGCUCAUAAUGAAACCGGGUGUACAUGCCGUUAUUCACACAUGGGAGCUAAUAAACAGCAUAUUGAUAAUGAAAGCGUACAAGUAACAGUUCUUGGUGCCAAUGUCAAACGUAUGAUGAACCAGUGUGAACACGAAAAUGGAUGUCCUUUCAGUUACCUGAAUAGGCGAGCUAAUGUGCAACAUAUUGAUGAUGAUGAGCUGGUAAUCGAUCACGUAACUAAUACGGAUCUUUUAGUUAAUGAAAAGGUAAUUCCUUUGACUGAAAAUAGUUUAUUUCGAUGUGAUAAUAACGAGCGGGAGAAUCCUAUUGGAAAUCCAUUUAACAACGAUAAUUGUUUGAUACACUGUGACAAACGUAGAGUACUUCCUCUACCUAUGCAUCAUUCAUCUUCAUCUUUCGUUUGGAACAAUUGGGAGAAUCCUAUUGGAAAUCCAUUUAAUAAUGAUAACUGUACUGUAGAUGACCUGGUUCCAGUUAAAAAGGAAACUGCUGUGGUUCAACAAAAUACUGACACUGGCGUUAGUAAUAAGGAGAAGGAGGAAGAUAUUGUAUAUAAUCUUGAACAAAUAUUUCUUGACACCAUUCUUAGUUAAAUAAUCGACACAUGUAGUAGUAUCAAAAAUCUCAAUAUGAUUGCUGAGUAAUCAUAAUAAGUCUCAAUGAUUCCAUUUUAAUUUUUUUUCGGUUGAAAAAUUUUUAGUUUACAAUAUUUUAAUAAAUUUUUCUAUAGAACAUUAAACAUUACUUCAAAUAAA